CACGACACUUACACUUUGAUAAGUGAGCAGCUGAGGCGGAACGGGCACCAGGCUCGGGAAUCAAACUGAGCAACGGCCCCGGUACUAGUGGUCCUCGUGUUCCUGUAGUUUCCAUUUUCUUUCAGUUUCAAGAUUUCGACUCCCCGCCUUGGCCUCGUCAGGCUGCCCCAUUUUUGUUGUGGCUUUUAGUAGAGCAAGGCCAAAAACAUGUCCUCCUCGUCUCUGUUGUUGGAUUGCCUGGCCCCCUUUCUCGUAGCCGCUCAGGACGAUGAGGAUCGUCGUGUUCUUGACGCGGAGCAGAGCACAAGCAGGCCGCUGUUGCAAAAGCACACAGCUGAUAACUACGAAUCCAGAACCACCGGAAACCGCCGCCGAGGUGAGCCCCCCACGAACUGGAACGUCCGCUGCAGCGAGGCACAGAGGUUCUGCGACGCAGUGCGAGACAACGAGGACCGUCAACGUGCUGAAGAAAGCAAAUCCGGCACAAUUGUAACCAUAACGAUCCGAGCCUUCCUUUCCCACACACUCGAUGCGGACUUUUCCCACGACAGAGCGGUAGCUGACUCUGAUUUUUUCGUAGCUCCGGAACGAUUUGGGAUCCCAGUUCUCUUUCCGAAAUUGAAGGUAAGGACGAAUUGCUUUUUUGCGUUUUUUUUUCUCCAGCAUAAAAGCGAUGCUUUGAUCAUGUUUAUCUUGUUUAUUCGGGAUGAAACAAAUUUAUCAUUUAGCACUCAAUAGCCCUCUGGUCAUUCCUCUACACGACCCAUUGAGACGCUGAUGUCUUCGUUUUGUUUUUUUGUUCUCGUGACGUAUAGAUACAUUCUUUCAAUAAAAAACGAAGGUCCUUAUCUUGACCGGUUGCAGGCUGAAGACUUUCGACCACCUCGGCCCGCUGACAGAUUUAACGCAGUUGCUAUCCUGUGCAAAAGUAUCGUGCUCGUAGUAAUUGCAAUCAUGCGCUACAAAUCUUUUUCUAAAGGCAAAUCCAUACAAUCUUUCAUUUCUCAUGCUGAGGAAAUCAUUUGUAAUUAUGCAUUUAUACGAGUACGAUAGGAUACUUUUGCAAUUCAUAGUUGUUUAUCUCCGACAAUGAGCUUUUCACGAUUCCCGAAACCAUAGCAAGCUCUUUCCCUGCGCUGGAGUUUCUCGACCUGGCCGGCAACAGAGUAACUUCCUUCGUGGAGACGGGGAAACUCGCGACGCUGCCGAAAUUGAGGAGUCUGGAUUUGGGGCGGAAUCCAAUUUUAUCGGCGAUAAAAAGCAGCAAUCAAAGUAAAAGCAACAGCUCUACUACGUUCUCUUCAUCGUCUCCCUCAGCGUCCUUAUUGCACGAUGAUGAUGUUCUUCGGCAGCAGCUUCAAAUCGAGUACCAAAUUCUGUACCUUGUACCGCAACUCCAGCGUUUCAACCAGAAGGAAGUUGGAAAAACGAUCCAGAAGCAAGUCCGGGCUGGAAUCUUGCCCACGGCAACGGCAGCAGACUGCAUGCAGAUACAAACUGCGCGGGAGGUGGUGGUAAAAAACCAAGAACGAUUGUCCCUAGAGGACCACGGCGCGGACGAGGUGCUCAUGUCUUCAGCUGCGACACCAAAUGCGGAAGCGGAUGCAGCUGCUGAGCAGAAAAAUAAGACGACCAAAUACAACCACGGGCGCUCUGAGGAUCAAAGUCGUCACGGUGGCAAUGAAGAUUACUUCGAGGAGGUGGGGGAGGAGGCUGCGGCUAUCUCUCGCGUGGAAGCGGAGAUUUACGACCUGGAGAAGGAAAUUCUCGCGUCUACCACGAGGACCACCGCGCCGAAGACAACGUUUUUUCCAAAUUACCAGUCCGGUGGGUCAUCCUCCAGUACUGCGCGGUCUGCGAGGAAAUGGAGGCAAGAGGAGGAACAGCAGCAGCACACGCAGCGGGAACAAGAUUUGCAUCAAAUAAACCCUCACGACUCUAAACACGGCCACAAAAUGAACAGCGACUUCCACUUCCGCCAAAAACUACCCCCACCGGUGCUGUUUAUGAAUGACGGGGGCAGUAGUUCGUCGAAUAAGUCGUCUGGUGCACCAUCGAAGUCCUUGAGUAGCAAGUCUUCGGCGAGCAGUGGUGGAAAAAAAUCCUCGUCCUCCUCUUCUGCCCCCUCGGGAGGUGGAGGUGGUGGUCCUGGUUCGCAAAGCCAAGAGCAGCAGCAAUGGGCUGAUGCUGAGACGCAUCAAGACGGAGAGGAGAAAUUCUACGACCCCCGGCCGACGUCUGCUUCUGAGAACGGAGGAGUACACGCCACGACCAGAAGUAGUGCUGCAAGCCGCGGGGAGGCCGUACCAGGAGAGCAACAGGAAGGAAGUAGAAUGGGUGGAAGAUCAACAUCUUCCCGUAUUCAAAACUUCUCGGUGAACAGAGCUAGCGCGAACGAAGUAGACAAGGGGUUUGUAGAAGAGAGUGACGAAGAGGUGGCUGCAGCGCAAGUUGACCACCGCAAGACAGACCAAAUCCGAGCAAGUGCCGCGUCUCGGACGAGUGCAACAUCAAGAAGUGCCGGAAACAAUGGAAGUCGCGCCGGCUCAGCAGUAUUACAACAGGGCUCGCUUUCUUCAGCUUCAUUUGCGCAACAUCAAGACCACGGAGCCGCGCAAGACGAGAUGAAUCAGCCGCCUUUUUUCACGGCGUUUGAAGCAUCGCCGAGCGGCGCGCCGUUUGAAGGACCACAAGUGGAGGAUCUCAGUCCCAUAAACGCGUCGGGGCAUUCGAAGCCAGGGAUGUUGAACUACAACGCGCUUGGCGAUUAUCCCGGAAAAAACAACCGUCCCCAUCCAUUUCAUGCAUGACAAACACAGGACAUCAUACAUUUUUUGCAUGACAAAUUGGAUAGGGGUUCGUUGUUGUUUUUUUUUGUGGAUAGCGACUCGGUGCUGCUGCAGUCCGUUUCGGCGGAAGCGACGUGUAUGUGCUUUCUAAUCUCUGUUCAGUUUUGAUGACUCGUGCUUCUUUCUUUAUUUACUCAAAAAUCUCAAACGACUCCAUCUCGAAGAUGCCCUUUGUUGAGGCAUUACAAUCAAACCUCGUCCCUAUCCGUGCAAUUUGCGGAUUAUACUUCCAAAAUUAACUCAGCCCCCUCGUCCUCCCGUGUUCGGAAAGCGCACUUUGACCUUCUCCACCGCAUGAUCUCCCCGAGUCACGAGAGGCGCCGUCCCAACCGAGUUCACCAUCCCAGCGGGUUCGGGUUUGGGUUUGAACCGAGAGGCAGGAAAACUUCUACGCCAGGAGGAAUAGAUCAUCAGUACCACAAUCGUCUGCAAAGUACCAGUCCUCACGAAGAAGUCCGCACGAUUUCGCCUCUGGAUGAGCGGCCCGAUGGGUCUCUUGCGUACCAACUGCAGCAGCUCCUCUCGAAACCGGAGAACGAGGAGGUGGUUCGGUUGGCGCUGCAAAAAGCCGGCUAUGCAAUACAAAUUUCCCGUACAUGUACAACAUGCAACAUCACAAAUUUCACCAUUUUGGAGCGUAAAACCUGUCAUGCUAGACUAGGAUCGAAGCCAAGUUUUGUCAUGCAGAGACCGCAUCUGUACGUGUGCGGGAAAUGUAUUGUGGAUACCGGUCGGGAUUUUUCCAUCGACCCGAAAAAUUACUUCGAAAAUAAUGGAAUGAAGGACGGAAUAACGGUAUCCAAGAAAAAAACUGUGUUAGUGUAGGUGUCUUGCUGUGACAGCAUGACAAAUCGGUUCUGCAUGAUAGACAAAGCCUGUCAUGCGCACCUAGUAAAUGAAAACACAUCAAGAAAUAGAAUAGGAUUUUAUGGUUGGUUAGCAUGACAAGCACAAGUGUAACAGUGUUGCACGCUUCGCAUCACAGACUUACACUUACACAGUUUUUUUCUUGCAUAAACGGGUAACAGGAAAAUGAUUUCUAAGCAGAACCUGAUCCGGCAACUGCUGAAAGAGCCGAGCUGCUUCGUCGACGUGUUCCUCCAGCUUUAUCGAGCAAAAAAGUGUUUAUCGUUAUCGAAAAAUUCGCAAUCGAAAAAAAGACCACUUUUUACCGGGUCGCAAAAAAUUCGAUAACAGCGGAGGUUUUUGGUCACUUUUACGCUGCAGUACCGCCGUGCCUGGCGUUUGUUAUCGAAUUUCCUUGUGGUCGCGCCCUCAAAUUCGAUAACAGCGACGAUUUUUGGUCACUUUUACGCUGUAGUCAGCACGGCCCCGGGCGUUUGUUAUCGAAUUGGUUUUGGGUCCAUGGCUUUCUGUAGCGCCCGAAACCAAUUCGAUAACAAACGUCCUAGCACGGGCUAAUUACAGCGCAAAAGUGUCCAAAAAUGGUCGCUGUUAUCGAUUUUCAUUUUGGACUCCUAGAAAAUUCGAUAACAAACGCUAGGCACGGCGGUACUGCAGCGUAAAAGUGACCAAAAAUGUUCGCUGUUAUCGAUUUUUUCGCGACCCGGUAAAAAGUGGCUUUCUCUGCGAUUGCGAAUUCGAUAACGAUAACACUUUUUUCUUCGAUAAGCUUUGCUUGCACAUCAUCGAGGAAAAAGAAAAGCAUCACCUACAGCAGUACGGAAAAGACCACUUUCCCUUCGGCUACCCCGGGCACGGCGUAUCAAAUGUAAAAAUGUCUGGGUCUGGAAGAAUGCAUGUUUGUCAUGCUUGUCUGGCAUGACUCUUAGAUCUGUCAUGCACGUUACCCAAGAGCUCCAUUUUUCUGUGAUGCAGGAACGCAGUUUGUCAUGCAGAAUAGGCAACACCUCGAAGCUCAGAAACUUGUCAUGCUGAGCCAGCAUUUGUGGCCUCAUCAUGAGACGCCACCCAGCAUCACAAGCUUCCAGAGGACCCAGACAUUUUUACAUUUGAUACGGCGCGCCGAAGUACUAUCUUGGUGGACGCGGCGGGGGGCGACGGAGUCGCAGUGGGAGUAGGAGUAGGGGAACAAGAAGUGCUGCUGCAUCGCCAUACGAAGAACAAUUCGGUGGUGAAGAGAACAACUAUUCUAAUUCCUACGUCUUCCCUCCUGGCACGAAUUCUAAUUUGAAAACGCCGGGUGUUGCCGCCGGGACCAUUAGCAGGACACAAAAACACAAGAAUUUUGUUCCAGCGAACGCUGAAGAGUUGUCGGAGAUUCGCCAGGAAACGGUGGCGCGCUUUCUGGAGUCAAAAAAGUUCACUGCGGCGAAUUCAAAAUCCACAGAAAACGAUAACUCCUCCUCUUCCCGACGGGGCUAUUUGGAUGAUGAAGAGGACGAGGACGAGGAGCCGUUGGGACCACAGCUUUUUCCGAAUUUGAGUGCGCGCAGGGAGAAUUUGAAAAAAAUGUGCCUUCCGAACCGGCUGUUCAGAGCCGCGGCCAGGAGGCAGCAGGUACAUACUAAUGUUUUGAUUUUUUUUGUAAGUGAGUGUAUUUGUGAUGCGGAGAUGCGAAUGCGAAACUUACACAGAAAUGCACCAGAUGCAAUACAAAAACAAAUUAUCCCACAACCACUACAACAUCCAAAUAGGAGCAACCCAUCCACGCGCGUUGGCAGACCCGCUACGACAAUAUGGGGCUCUCAAGCGUUACAUUCUCAACUGUUACAUGAAUUUGUCAUGCAAAAUUCCCAUGAGUUGCCAGAAGAUUAAGGUGCUUCGCAUGACAAAUUCUCGAAAGGUUAAACAGCAUCUAAAUCUGUUGCAAAUUAAAUUUGUGACGCGAGACUCGCAAGCUUGCCCCUUUCCAUAUUGCUGCUCUUGCAUCACAAACUCGUGUAACAGUUGAGAAUGUAACGCUUGAGAACGCCAUAGACAACGACCCAGAGCUGUGGAAUCCGCACGACGACAGUUCCUUGUCUUGGUUCCAAAAGUAUCACAGGAAAAAGUUUUAACGUUAACGGGAUUUGUGAUGCAGUAACGCACCACAAAACGUGCCCAAAUUUGUCAUGCAUAGCAUGUGUUAAGCAAAAUUUGUCAUGCAUAUUUGCAAUCUAUGAAAACCGCUAACGUUUAGCACUUUUCUGUUUGAUAAAAAGCCGAACUCGCCAGAGGAGAGGGCCAACGAGCACCAGUUGCACUAUUACCAUUUCGGAAAACCGGGAGCAGGAGCAGCGGGUGCUGAUGCUUCAAAACACCACAGGCAUCAGACCCACGACUACUCGACUUCUUCGCGGCAUAACUUACCACGUGCAGUAGAGCGUGAUGAACACCGAGCCAAUGGUGGUCCCCACUACGCACAAUCAACCUCAAUGAGCAGGUCGAAGGCUUCACCGAAGGAAAAAACGAGAGCAAGAAGUCCUGCAGGCGGGGAUAUGAUCUCGGGUACUACUUCUGGAGCGCAGCUUCUUGGCAGCGCCGCAUCACAAGGCGGUCGCAGCACGCCCCUCUACUCCAACAUCGACUACAUGGGUCCAGCGUUGACCGCUACUACCCCUGGGUCGCGAACCGGAAAGACCGGCAAGAAUCGAACAAGAAGUCGACCCCAGAUGACGAAUCAGCUGCAGAUGACCUCCCGGGAACAAGAACCCUGUUUCGACGAAAGCAGCAUCUACAGCCGGGAUUUUUUUGACAUUCUCGGCACCACUGCUAGUAAAAACAGCAAGGCGAAACAAGCCUCGGCUGCCGCCUCCAUUGUGAAUGCGAUGAGCAUGUCCGCGAAUCCAAGAUACCAGUACGGGUCGACGCAACCGCUCGUCAACGCGAAAAUCAUUCGGGGGAACCGGCAUCGACUGGGGAAUCCGCUUAUCAACUGCAAAAGUGUCUGGGUCUGGAAGAUUGCGAGAGUUGUCAUGCUUGUCUGGGAUGACCAGAAGAAAAACAAAAAGUUUGUGAUGCGUCGUGGCCAAGAAGAGACCCUUUUGUCUGUGAUGCAAAAACGCAGUUUGUUAUGCGAAAAACGCAACACAGCGAAGCGCAGAUAUUUCUCAUGCUUGGCUGGGCAUUACAGAACAUUCACUAUUCCCCAUGCAGCAUUACAAGUUUCCAGACCCAGACAUAUUUGCAUUUGAUACCUCUGAAGGGAAGGGAUGUUGGGGUGGUGCCGGGAACGGGAAUAGGGAGGAAGCACUUGAUUGGAGGGGUGUGGAAGUGACAUGGAUGAGUAUUAAUUUUCAUCGUCGAGAAUGCCAAUGCGAAGGCAGGCUCCGUCGCAUUGACAUGCAUUUUUGGCAGAUGCGAAGAGCAGGACCAUGGGGAUGGGGAAGUAGCCGGUCUAUGACUAACCACAACCGAAACGAUCGAUGGCGAAGAGGUCGCGCAUCUCCAAAGAGACGUGUGCUUCGUGCGAG